CCCCAGCCGGUAACCACUAACCGGCUUAGUGCUGCCCUAGCUGGGCUUCCUGUAUUUGCAGAUCGUCAACAUGCUGACAAGGGUGUCUAGGAUUCCCGGAUUGUUCCGUAGCCACGGGCCAAGUCCGGCUCAUGUGUCUCCGCUGAUGUGCAGGUUUUUGUCAGAUUCCCAUGAAGGCAGCUGGAUUCGAUCCCUGUUUGUACGAAAGGUAGAUCCACGCAAGGAUGCUCACUCUAAUCUGCUGUCUAAAAAGGAGACCAGUGGCUUGUACAAAAUCCAAUUUCAUAACGUGAAGCCAGAAUGCCUAGAAGCUUACAACGAACUUACAGAGAAAGUAUUGCCCAAACUACAUGAAGAUCCAGAUUACCCCUGUGAUCUGGUGGGCAACUGGAACACAUGGUAUGGUGAUCAGGACCAAGCAGUUCAUUUGUGGCGGUUUUCUGGUGGAUACUCUGCCCUUAUGGACUGCAUGAACAAGCUGAGAAAUAACAAGGAGUACCUGGCUUUUCGAGAGGAGAGGAGUCACAUGUUGCUGUCCCGCAGAAACCAGCUUCUUCUAGAAUUUAGCUUCUGGAAUGAGCCUGCACCUCGUAAGGGCCCUAACAUCUAUGAACUGCGCACCUAUAGGCUAAAGCCAGGAACAAUGAUUGAAUGGGGAAACAACUGGGCGCGUGCUAUUAAAUAUCGCCAGGAGAAUCAGGAGGCUGUAGGAGGAUUCUUCUCACAGAUUGGGGAAUUAUAUGUUGUUCAUCAUCUUUGGGCUUACAAAGACUUGCAGUCACGAGAGGAGACACGCAAAGCUGCCUGGACCAAACGAGGGUGGGAUGAAAAUGUUUACUACACAGUUCCUCUGGUUCGGAAUAUGGAGUCUCGGAUCAUGAUUCCACUGAAAAUCUCUCCCCUCCAAUGACACCAACUCCCUUAUUUUCGAUUGAGACUCGGUUCUUGGUUUUAGUAAUUUGACCAAAUUGUGUUCAGACGAUUCCCUCUAGUGUGACAUAAAGACUGGAGCAGAUAUUGCUGCUUGACAACUGAAUAUUAUUGCAGUAUUUGUAGUGUAGAGACAUGAUUGCCACAAUCCAUGCUUAAUCAACAUUACUUUUGUGUUUUUUUCUUUUUUGUGUUUUGCAUCUUGCUUUGCUCUUCUAGUUCUGUUUUGUUCAAUGUACAUAUUUAAUGUGGGUAGAAACAUGAGGGAAUAUACUCUGCACAAACUGGAUAUAUAAUUUUCCUCCUGUCUUCUUACCCAGAAUUCCCUUUUUUUUUAACUGGAUAUAUAAUUUUCCUCCUGUCUUCUUACCCAGAAUUCCCUUUUUUUUUUUCUUUCGAAUCUUGCAUUUUGUUUGUGUUUCUUGUUAAAAAAAAUGUGCAAUGCCUUUAGCUACAAUUUCUAAUUUAAUCUUGGCCUUUCAGAUAUUCCCAUCUCCUAACUUUACAUUUUCAGUUCUGCAAGUUUCUCUUUAUAGUAUCACACUGUUACUUCAUUUUUUAUGUUCUCGUCUCUGCCUUUGUACUUUAGUGUCUCUUUGCUGGCAAUACUAUUUUUUUUUUUUUUUAUGUGAAUUUUUUUUUUUUUUAAUUAUUUUUUUAUUAAUCUUUAUUGAAUGAAAAAUACAAAAAUAAGACACAUCAUACAAUUCUCAGAGGUAUGUCCAUAUGUCCAGGCUUAUUAUGAUAAACAAGAUCCGGAUCCUUUCUCUACUCCUGUCGAAAACUACUGUGUGAGGCCUAGUCAUGCAUUGCUCAUGCUUUUGACAGAAAAUGUAUUAAAGAAGCAGCAAAUUUAUUUAUAGGAUCUGUUUUUUGCAGGUCAUUUCAUUGAUAGCCAAUCAUUUCUGAUUAGAGAAUAUGAAAUUAUUACACUCAGGGAAAAGGAUCAAUCAGUUUCUAGAGAUUCUUAACUUUAUACUGUGAGCCAAGAUUUGGAAAAAGGCCCCUACUCUAUUUGCAACUCUUGUGUGCUGCCAAGUGGGUGCUGAAUGCACUAAAAUACAAUACUAAUAUCAUCUUCUGCUUUGCUCUUAUAUGUGACAAUGUAAAUAUGGAAGUAAAAGAAAUGGUUAAACUAUGA